GGCGUGCUCAGGCUGUUCACGGGCCGUUAUCUGUCGCAUUUGACAAAUUUUUGCCUGUCUGACUGUCACCAGAUUCCAACACUAAGAGGCCACGAGCAGGUGGAAUUCCAAGCGCGCAUCGGUCAUUCGGCGAGUCUGGCUGUCUGCGUCCCUCACCAUCCCAUCAUCUACCUUGCUUGCCUUGAGCACGAAAGUGCACCCAAACCCUCCAUUUCUUGCUUUGUGCUUGUUCGGGCAGGAAAUCAAGAUGCCUCCAAUGCCGCCUACCGCUCAGCGGCGUGGUCCGACAUGGUUCGAUAAAUUGAAGAUGGGUGCGCUGAUGGGAGGAACUGUGGGAGGCAUAAUGGGAUUCAUCUACGGCACGGUGACCAUCUUCCAAUACGGUGCAGGACAGGCAGGUGUGAUGCGUACACUCGGAAAGUACAUCGUAGGAUCAGGAGCGACAUUCAGCGUCUUCAUGGGCAUAGGCAGCCUCAUCCGAACCGACUCGCCUCAAAUGGCAGCCUCGGUAUGGGCUCGAUCCCAGUAUCCUCCUUUGGUAUACCCCAGACGAGAUCGACCUCAGACUCAGCGGUGACUUGCGAACAGCUUGGAAAAAGAGCACAUUAUUGCACUGCGAUGUACAUAAGCACCUUUGGGUUUGGAGCCAUGAAAAGUCGACUACAGCCAAGCGAUACCCAUGAAAUAAUAAUGUCAAGAUUAUGCGCCAGUUGUAGAACUGUCUCCUUGAUUAAAUCGACCUCGAAUAUACCACGGUCCAGGUCCAAUGUUGGUCCGCGACUGUCUUUCCUACGCUCAAAGUACCAUGCACGCAUUUACGAUAGAAAGAAC